AUGUCCCACGUCCCACCAACCGAGUCCAUUCCCAAACCAGAGGAACCUAAAGAACCAGCCCCUGCACCUCAGUUCCAGCAAGUCCCUCCACCAAAUUACUACCAAUUUCCACCUCAAGGUUACUACCAAUUUCCACUACAAGGCUUCCCGAACUACCCUCCUCAGCCUAUGCCUUACUUCCCCAACCCUUGGAUGUUCCAGCAAUUCCAAUCUCAAUACAAAUCGAAGAGAGACCAAGAGUUCGAAGAAGGUCUGAACCGUUUACGCAAAGAUUAUGCUACAGCUCCAAUUGAGAGAAAGUUGUUCCCGGACCAAAAAUAUAAUUUAGGUGAAGAGGUGAGAUCUCACCCGUUUUCUCACCUCUUUUCUCACCUCAUGAAUUUGUCAUGA